ACCACUAAUUUAACCUAGUUUUUUUUUCUUAAUUAGUGAAAAGUUUUAGGACGACAUUUAGAUAAAUUGUAAGUUAAGUGGACCGCCAGAUUGGGCCGACGUCAUCCAAUCCCAUCUAAAGAUGCGACCAGUAUUCGCAUUCCUGCUCCUGGCGCUGCUGUGCUUUGCCAGCACAAAGUCGGAGAGUGAUUUCGAAGAAGACGACAGCGAUGAUUUUGCCGAAUUCGACGACGGCAAUUUCUAUGCGGAGCCAGCGGCCAAGAACGCGGACUCCUUCACCGGAGGAGCAGGAGCCAGCCACGGGGAGUCCCGGGAGGAUGCGCCGGCCAAGGAGCCGCGCAAGCCAGCACAAAAUGUGGACAGCGACGAGGAGGACGGACUCGUGGAGGAUGACGACGAAUUCGAGCACUUCCAGGACGAGGAAGAGUUCGAGGGCUACGAUGGCGGAGACUCCAAGGACCCGCCCAUCGACCAGAAAGUUGAGCCCAAACUCAACAUACCCAACAUCCCGCUGCACUUCCGCACCCACUGGGACUCCUACUGGAUGGAGAUGCUCAUGGUGGCCGGCCUGCUGGCCUACUUUGCCAACUUCUUUGCAGGAAAGGCCAAGAACGCACGCUUAGCGCAGCUCUGGUUCAGUACGCACAGAGCCCUGCUGGACGAGAACUUCGCUCUGGUGGGCGACGAUGGCAAGGCGGAGAACGAGAAUCCCGGACUGAUCAAGGAGAGCGAGAGUCUGUACACCUUGUGGUGCUCCGGCAGGACCUGCUGCGAGGGCAUGCUCGUUGAGCUUAAGAUGAUCAAGCGACAGGAUCUGGUGUCCCUGGUGGCGGGAUUGAUGCGACCCCAGCUCGAUCAGGCCCACAUCAAAAUUGAACUCACACGCGGCGUAAUGGAUGCAUUUGUAUUUGCAGUCGGUACCAAAAAGACCAUAACCAAGGUGUUUAAGGAGUACACAGAUCUGAGCAAGUUCUGUAGUCUAGUCGGCAAGCCGGAGGAUCGCUACAAUGUGCCCACCGGCUUUGGCGUGCUCUCCGAAGUGCCAGAGGCCACGUCCGCCAUACUCGAGUCACGUGUUAUUACUGCACUUAACAAGUACCAAAGCUAUAUCGAUUACCUGCACAUUUCGGACCAGUUCAGUGGGCCCAUCCAGCAGGAGGAGGGCGGCACUUUGAAGCAGCCCGAGACCAAAGCCGUUCUCCUCGCCGGCUUCAAUCUGCCCAAGCACGCCGAAAUGGAAACCAUUAAACCGUUGUUAUUGUUGAUCUUUUAUUUGAUGGAGCGCCUGAAGACCUAUCGCAUGUCCAAGGAGGGCAAAGCCAAGUCCGACAAAAAUCGCCAGCGCGUGGAGGAGGAGUUCUUGAAGAGCACCCAUGCCGCUCGGGCCGAAGCUGCUGCUCAGCGCCGCGAGGACAAGCGCAAGCAGGAGAAGGAGCGCAUUCUGGCCGACGAGGACCCGGAGAAGCAGCGCCGUUGGGAGGCCAAGGAGCAGAAGCGGCAGGCCAAGAGGAAUGCGCCCAAGAUGAAGAGACUGGCCGUUAAGUCCCUGUAGAUUUGCCUCUAGUGUGCCAUUAACCGCAAGCAGCGCUCUUCCUUAAUGUACACAAACCGACCAUUUGUAGUUGUUCCUCUCAAAUGCCAGAAUAAAGCAAUAUCUAUUUGUUUCCUAUGGAGCGCCAAAACAAAA